AUGAGAUUUCCGUCUCACCGACGGAUUCUUCUGAUCAUCCUUGUGUGUCUCAUCCUCUUUGGAUACCAGCUGGUCCAAUGGCUACCAUUACUGAACAGUGAUCAAACUAUUACUAAUGACGAGACAGGCACCAAAACUCAUAAGAUUUUAGUCUGGCACUGGCCAUUUGGGAACUCAUUUAAUCUAGAUGGUGACUACUGCAAAGACAAGUUUGGGGUACCCAAUUGUAUCAUGAUGGAUAAUCAGUCCCGGUUGUCUGAGGCAGACAUUGUGAUUUUUCACAACCGUGAGCUGAUCCAUGGCCAACAAAGGUUGCCUGUGAAUCUGAAACGCCCAGAGAAGCAAAGGUGGGUCUGGAUGACCAUGGAGAGCCCAGAGAACAAUGGGGAUCUGAAGCCCUUUAAUGGAUACUUUAACUGGACCAUGACCUACCACCAAGAUGCAGACAUUUAUUCGCCCUAUGGAUUUAUGGUGCCAAAGGAAUCUGAAACUUAUGAGCCACUUGAGAGUUUCAUUCCAAAGGACAAGUUUUAUUUGGCAUGUUGGGUGGUGAGCAGCGUUUCACCACACCUUGAGAGAACUACUAUAUACAAAAAGCUGAAAACUGUGAUACCAAUCAAAGUGUUUGGUAGAGCAGUAUUUAAGAGUCUACAUGAUCAGGCUCUGUUACAUACAAUGUCUCGCUGCUACUUCUACCUGGCCUUUGAAAACUCUGUCUCCAGAGACUACAUUACAGAGAAGUUAUGGCGCAAUGCCUACAUGAGUGGAGCUGUGCCUGUAGUCUUUGGUCCUUAUCGGGAGGAGUAUGAAGCAGUGGCACAAACAGAUUCCUUUAUCCAUGUAAAUGACUUCGAUACCGUAGAGGAGCUUGGAAAAUUCCUCAUGACGCUGGCGUAUGAGGACAGGGAACGCUAUGCCUCAUACUUCAAUUGGAGACGUAAAUACACUGUUGAGAUUAAACACUGGGUGGAGCUUGCAUGUAAAUUCUGCCCCAAAAUUAGUAGCAUGCCGCCACAUAAGGUGUAUGAGGACUUGGAUGCUUGGCCGUAGAAAUAUAUUUAUGAAAUUUAAGCUCAUUGUUACAGAAAAAGGCAGUCCUUCUGUGUACAAGAGGUCUAUGUGGUAUAGAUACAUGUAAGUGGGGCCCAGCAUGUGUAGAUGCAGUGUGUGUGUGUGUGUGUCAGAGAGGCGUCAACUCACCUGCUGGCUUGCUGGCACAUGUUGUCCACUGGAUUCUCUAGUUAGUUGGAGCUUUCUUUUCUUUGUUUUGUUUGAUGGUGGUAGUUUAAACACAAAACAUUAAUGAUAAUCCAAAUAUUCAUAGACUCAAGAGUGGCCAGACAAAUAAGGGUAUCAGCAGGUGUCAACUAAUGCUA